AAUGAAGUUAAGCCGUCAGUUCACCGUGUUCGGUAGCGCGAUCUUCUGCGUAGUGAUCUUCUCGCUCUACCUGAUGCUGGACCGGGGUCACUUGGACUACCCUAGGAGCCCGCAGCGCGAGGGCUCCUUUCCUCAGGGUCAGCUCUCCAUGUUGCAAGAAAAAAUAGACCAUUUGGAGAGGUUGCUAGCUGAAAAUAAUGAGAUCAUCUCCAAUAUUAGAGACUCGGUCAUCAAUCUGAGUGAGUCCGUGGAUGAUGGCUCGAAAAGUUCGCAAGGCAAUUUCAGCCAGGGCGCUGGCCCUCAUCUUCUGCUUCCACAGCUGCCCCUUCAGUCCCACCCUGCAGACUGUCUCUUUGCCUCCCAGAGCGGAAGGCAGCAUCCAGAUGUGCAGAUGCUGGAUGUGUACAGCCUCAUUCCUUUCGACAAUCCGGACGGUGGAGUUUGGAAGCAAGGGUUUGAUAUUACCUAUCAGAAUGAUGAGUGGGAUGCCGAGCCCCUUCAGGUCUUUGUGGUGCCUCACUCUCACAACGACCCAGGUUGGUUGAAGACUUUCAACGACUACUUUAGAGACAAGACUCAGUAUAUUUUUAAUAAUAUGGUCCUAAAGCUGAAAGAAGAUUCCGGCAGGAAAUUCAUAUGGUCUGAGAUCUCCUACUUUUCCAAGUGGUGGGACUUGAUAGAUACUCAGAAGAAGGAUGCUGUUAAAAGUUUACUAGAAAAUGGCCAACUUGAAAUGGUGACAGGUGGCUGGGUUAUGACCGAUGAAGCUACUUCUCAUUACUUUGCCAUGAUUGACCAACUAAUUGAAGGAAACCAGUGGCUGGAAAAGCAUGUAGGAGUGAAGCCUCGGUCUGGUUGGGCUGUGGAUCCGUUUGGACAUUCACCGACAAUGGCCUACCUUCUGAAACGUGCAGGAUUUUCACACAUGCUCGUCCAGAGGAUACAUUAUGUAGUGAAAAGACACUUUUCAAGACAAAAAACAUUGGAGUUUUUUUGGAGACAGAACUGGGAUCUGGGAUCCGACACAGAUAUUUUUUGCCACAUGAUGCCCUUCUACAGCUAUGACAUCCCUCACACCUGCGGACCUGAUCCUAAAAUAUGCUGUCAGUUUGAUUUUAAUCGACUUCCUGGAGGAAGAUACGCUUGUCCCUGGGGAGUAGCUCCAGAACCAAUUACUCUUGCAAAUGUCCAAAGCAGGGCUUGGAUGCUUCUAGAUCAGUACCGAAAGAAGUCGAAGCUUUACCGCACUAAAGUUCUCCUGGUCCCCCUGGGAGACGAUUUUCGUUUCUCUGAAUACACAGAGUGGGAUGCGCAGUUCAAGAAUUAUGAGCAGCUUUUUAAGUUUAUGAAUUCUCAGCCUAAGUUUAAUGUAAAGAUACAAUUUGGAACUGUAUCCGAUUAUUUUGAUGCCCUGGAUAAAGCAGCUGCAGCUGAGAGUAACAAUGGCCAAUCAGUGUUUCCUGUUGUAAGUGGAGACUUUUUCACCUAUGCCGACCGGGAUGAUCAUUACUGGAGUGGCUACUUUACAUCUAGACCUUUUUACAAAUGGCUGGAUAGAGUCAUGGAAUCCCAGCUACGGGCUGCUGAAAUUCUUUACUAUCUCGCCCUGAAGCAAGCUCAGAAAUACAAGAUCAAAAAUUUUCUUUCAUCUUCACAUUACACGGCACUGACAGAAGCCAGAAGGAACUUGGGAUUGUUUCAGCAUCAUGACGCUAUCACAGGAACUGCCAAAGACUGGGUGGUGGUGGAUUAUGGUACCAGACUCUUUCAUUCGUUGAUGAUUUUGGAGAAGGUCAUCGGAAGUUCUGCCUUUCUUCUCAUUCUGAGGGACAAACACAUGUAUGACUCCUAUUCUCCGGAUUCCUUCUUAGAGAUGGAUCUGAAACAAAAAUCGCAAGAUUCUCUGCCUCGAAAAAAUAUAAUUGAAGUGAGUUCAGAGCCAAGGUACCUCGUGCUCUUUAAUCCUUUGGAGCAAGACCGUAGCACAGUGGUCUCUGUCUACGUGAGUUCUCCCAAGGUGCAGGUGCAGUCCCCCUCAGGAGAAACCUUGGAGGUCCAAGUUAGUGCCGUGUGGGAUGCGGAACAGGCUGUGUCGCAGACGGCCUAUGAGAUUUCUUUCAUAGCACACAUGCCAGCACUGGGACUGAAAGUGUAUAAGAUUUUGGAGUCAGAGGGCUCAAGCCCGCGGUUGGCCGAGUACACCCUGUACAAUGGUGCAGCGAAAGACAAUGGAAUUUUCAAGAUGAAGAAUGUAAUAGAUGCUGAAGAAGCGAUAACCAUUGAGAACUCCUUUCUCACGCUUUGGUUUGAUCAGUCUGGACUUAUGAAGAAAAUAGUGACCAAAGAAGAUGGUAAACACCUUGAUGUGAAUCUACAGUUUUCAUGGUAUGGCACUACAAACAAAAGAGACAAAAGUGGUGCCUACCUCUUCCUACCGGAUGGCAGUGCCAAGACUUAUAUUUUUGCAAAACCACCCUUGGUGAUGGUGACACGUGGAAGGAUGUAUUCGGAAGUGUCUUGCUUUUUGGAACACAUUACCCAUCGAGUCCGGCUCUACCACAUCCAAGGAAUAGAAGGACAGUCUGUGGAAGUUUCCAAUAUUGUGGACAUCCGAAAUACAUUUAACCGGGAGAUAGCCAUGAGAAUUUCUUCUGAAAUUAACAGCCAAGAUAAAUUUUAUACUGACCUAAAUGGAUACCAGAUCCAGCCGAGGACGACGAUGAGCAAGUUGCCUAUUCAAGCGAAUGUGUACCCCAUGACCACCAUGGCUUACAUCCAGGACACCAGGCAUCGCUUAACGCUGCUGUCGGCUCAGUCCUUGGGUGUCUCCAGUUUGAGUAGUGGUCAGAUUGAAGUCAUCAUGGAUCGAAGACUCAUGCAAGAUGAUAAUCGCGGCCUGGGGCAAGGCGUCCGGGAUAACAAGCUUACUGCUAAUCUGUUCCGAAUACUGCUAGAAAGAAGAAGUGAUGUUAACCUGGAAGAAGAGAAGAAUCCUGUCAGCUAUCCCUCCCUCGUCAGCCACCUGACUUCUUUGUUCCUGAAUCAUCCUGUCUUUCCCAUGACGGAGAAAGUGUCAGCCAGCUCCAAGCUGCUGGGUGAAUUCACCCCACUCGCCUCACCUCUGCCUUGUGAUAUCCACCUGGUUAACCUGAGGACAAUUCAGGCCAAGGUGGGCAACGGCUACUCUGACGAGGCGGCCUUGAUCCUCCACAGGAAAGGCUUUGACUGUCGGUUUCCCAGUAGAAACACGGGGCUGUUUUGCUCCACCACUCAGGGAAAGAUCUCGGUACAUAAACUUUUUACCAAGUUUACUGUCGAAAGCCUCACAGCUUCAUCGUUAUCGUUGAUGCAUUCACCCACAGACGCCCAGAACAUAAGUGAGAUCAACUUGAGUCCCAUGGAAAUCAGUACAUUUCGCAUCCGUUUGAGGUGAACAUGACUUGCAGGUCUGGCUCGGGAAGUGCUGGCUUUUCUACCUUUCUAGGUUUGACGUGCAAUAAGGAAGCACGUGAUUUUUGCUUCUGGCUAUGCUGAGAACAUGAUUCUGUAAUUUAAAAACAAAUGGGACAGAAAGAAACACGAGAAAGCCAUGCUAUGACCCAGGUCUCUUCAAGGUCUUCCUGCGGAUCUGCCAUCGGUAGGAAUGGAUGCAAGAAGCGAAGAAGUUUUUGAAGACAACCUCUCAACAGCUCGUAACUCAGGUUAAAUGCUAAUUCUGUCUGUGUUGGGGGUUGGGAAGAGAUUCGUAUCUGUAUUUGUAUUGCUAAUCCUUUGUUGGUUGUACAGGAACACCUGUUUGACCAAAACAGAGUUUAAAAAAGCAAAAGCAACUGAUGGGUAAUAGCUAAUGGCCAAAAUGGUUACAAUUAUUCAUACACAUUAGAGAAACUUGUGUGUGUUGAAAUAUGUGGAAAGUGCAAUCCCUUGGCCCUUAUUAUAAACAUAGCUGAUUUUCACACCUUUUUUAUAUGACCCUCAACCCACCCCUUCCCUCCCUUUGUAAGUAUUUCCAGAAAUACCUGAUUUUGAAUCAUUCAGCAGUAGAAAAAGAGGCAUAUUUUCAUUACUUGACAAUGUGGGAUAGGUGCAAUUUAUUCCAUUGUCACUGAGAUAGAAGAAGCAAUUCCAUAGGUACCAUAAACCUAUUUUGGGUACCUGCAAGGUGUCUUUUUACACGGCUCAUUUGAAUACAGGUGUUCUGAGAUGGGGUUUUCUAUUUUAAAAUUACCAUAUCAAAAUAGAUGUGCCUUAUUUUUUUAUAAGUCUUGUUAAAUCUUUUGGUGUCCAUAUUACUGUCAGGGGAGGGAGGACACAGGGGGAGGGGCGUGGGUACUUCUUAUGGCACAUAAAUUAUGUGAUUUUUGCCUGACAAUACCGGCCACCUUCUGAUCUGUUUCAUUCCAUUUGGGGUGAUGUCACUCAAUGUUACUCUUAAAUUUUUUGACUAUUUGAAUGUACUAAGAUGUCAGAUAACAAAAUAGGGAAGGAAAAUAUUGUUCUUUAUAAUAUGCUGCUGCCAAGGAAGCUGCAACUUGAAGCGUGGAUUUUGUGACACGCAAAA